AUGGUAUCCGCCCUUGAUGUCGGCAUCAAACUCAAAGAUGAGUUUGAGGCUCUUGGAGUACAGGUUCUUGGUACUCCCAUCGAGACUAUCAUCACGACAGAGGAUAGGCAGUCAUUUGCCCAAGCGAUGGAGGAUAUUGGGAAGCGUUGUGCUCAGUCUGCUACAGCCACCACUCCAGAUGAAGCGGUUGCCGCAGGGCGUGAGAUCAGAUUCCCUGUCAUUGUUCGUGCUGCAUACGCGCUGGGUGGUCUGAGAUCUGGCUUCGCACAGGAUGAAGUCCAGCUUCGCGCUCUUUGUAGCAAGGCAUUCGCGACUAGCCCUCAAGUGCUCGUAGAAAAGAGCAUGAAAGGUUGGAAAGAGAUCGAAUACGAGGUUGUCCGCGAUUCCCGCGACAAUUGUAUAACUGUCUGUAAUAUGGAGAAUGUUGAUCCACUUGGUAUCCACAAUGGAGACUCCAUUGUGGUCGCUCCCUCCCAAACGCUAUCCGACUUCGAUUACAACAUGCUCCGAACAACUGCGAUCAAUGUCAUUCGCCAUCUUGGUGUUAAGGAGUACUGCAUUAUUGAGGUCAACGCGCGUCUCUCGCAUUCGUCAGCACUGGCUUCGAAAGCUACAGGUUAUCCCCUUGCGUUUAUUGCUGCUAAGCUCGGUCUGGGUGUCCCGUUAAACGAAAUCAAGAACUCCGUGACGAAAGACCUCAAUAAGUUCAACCGGGUCAGCCGGCUUCUUAGCAGCAGCAUGAAGAGCGUCGGUGAGGUCAUGAGAAUGGGCAGAACUUUCGAAGAGACCAUCCAAAAGGCGAUACAGGCGAUUGACGAUCAGUUCCUUGGAUUUGCGAAGAACAACUUUGUGGAGGACAUCGACGAGGAACUGGUCAAUCCCACUGACAAGCGGAUAUUCGCCAUCGCAAAUGUAUUCCAUCGGGGCGAUAGCGUCGACAAGAUCUGGCAGAUGACUAACAUCGACAAGUGGUACCUAACGAAACUUCAACACAUUCAUCGCAUGGAGAAGCGCUUGUCAGAUCAAUCUAUCUCUUCUGUCAGCAACAGAAUUAUCCUCCAAGCGAAGCAGCUUGGCUUCUCCGAUCGCUUGGUAGCCAGUUGUUUGGGUUCAACGGAGUUAGCUGUCCGAAGGCUUCGUCAAGAAAUUGGUAUUGAUUGGAGAGGGGCAGUGGGUCCCAUAUUGUCGAGCGCGAGAGAGGAGAUUGUGGCGCGACUUUGA